CAGAAAUGGCGUUUUUUUUCUGCCGGUUCUAGAAAACCAACCACGAGUUGUCGUCGUGUGGGAGAAUCCAUCUUGAAGAGAGCUCUCCGGUUGUGUGACCAGUAAGCAGGUUUUCGUACUUGUUUAGUCUUGGUUUUUUUCAGUAUUUUGUCACGUAUAAUAACCUAAAAUGUCUGAGACAGAGCAACAAUAUAUGGAAACAUCUGAAAACGGCCACGAAGUCGAGGAUGAUUUUAACGGAGCCGAGCUCACCGAAGAGGGGAACGACGAAAGCGCCGUGAAUGAGUGCGAAGAGGGCGCAGGGCCCGACGCCGACGGGAACUCGCAAAACGGUGGGACAGAAGGCGGCCAAAUCGACGCCAGCAAAGGAGAAGAGGAUGCAGGGAAAAUGUUUGUUGGUGGUCUCAGCUGGGAAACGAGCAAGAAGGAUCUUAAAGAUUACUUCACUAAAUUUGGUGAGGUGACAGACUGCACCAUAAAGAUGGACCAGCAGACAGGCCGGUCAAGGGGAUUCGGCUUUAUUCUCUUUAAAGAUGCAGCCAGUGUAGAAAAGGUUCUUGAGCAGAAGGAGCACAGGCUAGAUGGCAGAGUGAUUGACCCCAAGAAGGCCAUGGCUAUGAAGAAGGAUCCAGUCAAGAAAAUCUUUGUGGGUGGCCUUAACCCGGACACUUCAAAGGAAGUCAUUCAAGAGUACUUUGGGACUUUUGGAGAGGUUGAGACCAUUGAGCUUCCACAAGAUCCAAAGACAGAAAAGAGGAGGGGAUUCGUAUUUAUCACUUAUAAAGAAGAGACUCCCGUCAAGAAGGUUAUGGAGAAGAAGUACCAUAACGUCGGUGGAAGCAAGUGUGAAAUAAAGAUAGCCCAGCCCAAAGAGGUCUACCAGCAGCAGCAGUAUGGUGCCCGUGGAUAUGGAGGACGCGGCAGGGGCCGUGGAGGCCAGGGCCAGAACUGGAAUCAAGGUUACAACAACUACUGGAACCAGGGAUACAACCCGAACUAUGGAUACGGACAGCAAGGCUACGGUGGAUAUGGCGGCUACGGCAACUAUGACUACUCUUAUUACGGCUAUGGGGGUGGCUAUGAUUACAACCAGGGCAAUACAAGCUAUGGGAAAACUCCAAGACGAGGCCACCCGAAUAGCUACAAGCCAUACUGAUCACACGUAGUGCAGGUCUAAAGUAAAUAAGAAAAAGAGAUCCAUGGUCUGACCACAACCAACAUGGGCUCUGGCUUUUCCUUUGGAGUUGGCAGAAAUUUGGACUCAUGCUCCAUUUGUACAGAUCAAGUGAGGAACUGGGGAAGCAAAUGUCACUUUUCCACUUUUUAUUUUAUAUUGUUUUGUGUCCAUUUACAUUUCCAGUGAUGGAAGUGUUAUUUUUACUGUACUUUUUGGUACCUUUUUGAAUCUAAUGUAUUGUAUGGUUGUAUUUUUACAUGUCUACUGGAUUUACAGAUGAGCAGGAGCAAGAGCUUUUAAAGCUCACAAAUAAAACAAGUUUUCUUUUUUUUUUUUUUCUUUUCUUUUGGUGUUUCUAGAACUUUAGUUAUUUUCUCCCGUGCUGAAUGUUGGAUGCGAGUUGCAUGGCUUUCAGAUGUGGGGUGAGGCAAAUAAGGGAUUUAAACUAAUCAAAGGGUUCAUUGUAAGCGUAUAAAGUGAAUGUUUGCAGAUGGCCUAGUAGACGAAGACAACCAGCAUAUAUAUUUUUUUUCUUUCUUUCUUUUGGCUUUUAAGGAGAUACUUCCCCCAUCAUGUCUGCAAUUUUAAGUGGCUUUACUAGUGUUAUUCAACUGAACGCAAGCCUGUUAAUGUAAAGAGGGCACUCCCUCUCUCACUGGAUACUCAUUCCUCUAGUGUCUUGGGCAAAUUGGUAGAAAUAAACUUUUGGUUUAUAUUA